AUGGCGGAUCAAGCGGCGGCAUUCGGAUGGGGCGUUUUGAGUGCCGUCUCCUUCCCCUUGGGCUGCGCCAUUGGCCUCUUCUGGCCUACGAUGCCGAUCAAGUUGCGCGCGGUGGCUAUGGGAUUCGGUGGUGGCGCCUUGCUGUUCGCGCUCACCCUCUCGCUCUUCGGCGAGGUGCUCUUCCACAUUGACAAGUAUGGUCACGGUCCCAUGCUCGUCAUGCUCUUCUGCGCCCUUGCCGGUGGAAUGAUCUUCUUGGCGCUUGACUUCUUGAUCGAGGAGCGAGGCGGAUGGGUGCGCCGGCUGUCGAAGAACAGAAAGCGUCUUCUGGAGUGGAGGAAGAAGCGCCUCCGCCCUAUGUUAGACAAGCUCCGACGGAAGAAUGGCGGCUACGCCCACUUCUCGACGGUUGAGUCCUAUCAGCUCGAGAUAGAGCAGGAGUUGGAAGAGGAGAUUUCGAGGCUCGAUGAAAAGGAGCUCCACCUCCAGACGACCUGGAACCCGGCCACCGAGGAGAGCAAAGCCGACUUUGACACUCUAGCUGCGCCGCUCGUCGAGGAAGGAGAAGUGGACGCUGCCAUUGCCAGUUCGGGGCCGCCACCUGAUUCGCUGGAGCCUGUGGGAAGUGGCGUCGGACUGGCCAUUUGGCUGGGCAUGCUCAUUGACGGCAUUACCACUGUGUCCGCUGAUGGUGUGAGCUACGCGCUGGUGAUUGCCUUCUUCCUGGCCAACCUUCCCGAGGCUCUCUCUUCAUCUAUCAUUAUGUUGGAGAACGGCAUGUCCAAGCUGGUCAUCAGCUGCAUGUGGCUCUUCCUUGUGGCAAUGACCGGAGUCGGCGCAAUCAUUGGGUCGUUCAUGAAGGAGCCCGAGGAUGCGGGACCGAACGACGCCUUCUACUACGGGACCAGUGCCAUUGAAGGCCUUGCCGCAGGCGCCAUGCUUGUGGUGAUCUCCAAUGCCAUGUUUUUGGCUGCUCUCUUCCUGGAGCUCUCCGACAAGUGGUGA